UAGUAGGUAGAAAUACGUAUAAGACUGUGCGUUCAAGAAAAAAAAAACCUCCCGACAUCACUUUUUAAUCUCUCCACAUAUACGGAACACGGGCUUAUGUUAUCGUUCCUUUUGUAUACACAUAAAGGCUUCUGAUUCCCCCAGUGUUAUGAAUCCAGCAUGAGUAGCACAGAAGACAAUGGUAGCAAAUGCUCACCGGCCCCAGUCUCCAGCUUCACCAUUCAGUCCAUUCUGGGCACCGCAUCUGAAGGCGCGCGCGCAGAGAAUUCCAAGGAAGGGCUGCACAGGAAUCGCGCGCUGUCCGUAUCGUCCGAGGAGUGCAGUGGAGGAGAAGAGCCUGUGGAUUGUUACUGUGCCGAGGCCGGAGACCAGCACAAUGAUGCUCGACAGCAGGCUCUUAACUUUUCUUGUUUGAACGCAGCGAAAAGAAUCGCAUCGGUUCCAGGUGGAAUAGAAAAGGGGAAGAAUUUAUCAAAGGGUGUAUUACAGGAUUACAAAGAGGAAAAGCAGAGACCAUGUAGCCAGAUGUCACCUGUCUCUGACGGAAGGAAAAGAGACGCCGAAGACAAAUAUAGUAACUCCGCCAAGAAGAAGACCCGCACGGUGUUCUCGCGGAGUCAGGUGUACCAGCUGGAGUCCACCUUCGACAUGAAACGCUACCUGAGCAGCUCCGAGCGGGCCUGUCUCGCCUCUAGCCUACAGCUCACAGAGACUCAGGUUAAGACAUGGUUCCAGAACCGCAGGAACAAAUGGAAAAGGCAGCUCUCGGCAGAACUUGAAGCAGCCAACAUGGCACACGCUUCUACACAGACUCUGGUUGGGAUGCCACUUGUUUUUAGAGAAAAUUCCCUACUCAGGGUUCCAGUGCCAAGGUCCAUUGCUUUCCCCACACCUUUGUAUUAUUCCGGCAAUAACUUACCCGCUUUACCGCUGUACAAUCUUUAUAACAAGAUUGAAUACUGAAUUGAAUACUCCAUAACACAAUGCAUACAUGUAAAACAUGUCUAUGUCUAUUUAUAAACAUUUAUUUGAACGAAGAUGUUUUACAUUUCGUAUAAUAACCUGCAUAUAUGUUUAAAUACGAGUAUUUCUCUGAUUGUAGCCUAUUAAAUACACCAUGUGUAUGUUAUUUUGUACUUUUUUAAUUUAGUGCUUUUCCUGUGAUUAACUGAUAUACAUGUUAUCGCAAAAUGUAGUGCUGUAACGGAAGGCCGCCACAAUAAAUGGCAAAAUAAUUAUAUUCGUUUUUUUUCUGGACAUGGAGCAGAAAUCCACAAAUUUUGCAUUUCGAUUUUAGUGACUGGUAAAAAUAUCCGUCAAAUAAUUAAAUAGCAGUAAGAUGAUGAAAUAUUGAUAUAUUGUUUCUUGUUGUAAUGUUAAUACAUAAGCAGAUUUGCAGGAUAUUCUUGGCAAAAGAGUGAAGGAAAAGGAAAGACCCACCAGUGGUUAGAACGGUGGCAUCUCAAUAUUACGGUAAUUUCUACAAAUAUUGGUUCUGGAUUUCUGCAUGUUUCAUGGUGUAUUCCAUUCUUCGACUGCAAUAUAUUAAGAGUAUUCAGCGACGGAUGACAGGCGACUUAUUCAUUACAGGACACUCGCAUAGUUUGUUGCGAAACGAGUAGGCUAUGUAGCCCGGCAGAAAAGUGGUGUGCCUUUAGGUAUAUUUCUGGAGAAAUUAUGUAGGAAGGUGGUAAGGUUUAACAUCAAAAUGUAAAAAUCUGAUGGUUAAUGCCACAAGUUCUUUUCACUUUCAUCAUCAUGUACAUCAUUGUGAUUUUGUAUAUUACGUCAGGGGUCAAAAGUAACUAAUCAUUUGAAAUUAACUAUGACUAUUUUAACACUACAAAUACGACUACAGUAUUUACCUACUACUGAACAGGAACUAAAAUUACUGGAUACCUAAUUUGAAGCAACGUCUAAUUAUGCCCCGUUUAAUCGAUUACACUCAAACUGAAUUCAGCUCAAGAUAUGUUAGGCCGAAUUAAGUCCCCGAAGGACCGAAAUCGAACAUCAUUGAAAGCCCCAGCAACAUUCCUCGAUAUCAAUCAAUUCUGUUUAAAUUUACAAUAAGCAUAUAAUAAGCUUGAAAGAUUUGUUGGAAUAAAAAUUCAAAAACGGAUUAUGACACAAAACGUAGCCUACGUUGAAUCGAACAUUUUCAGAACAUGACAUGCCAGUAGGUCUAAUUAUAUCUGUCCUACUCUCUUCAAAAAAUACCUUAAUACAUAAGUAUAUUUCUACUUAUCUAAAACGCAUGCGACGAAAUUAGAGUAGGCUAUGCUCCUCAGUGCCCAGGAGCAUACAUACCCUAUGUAUAUCUGGUGUUAUUGUGCGGUCAUACUCCAGUUAAAUA